AUGGGAAACCUUUUUUCGCGCACCAAAUCGCCGGCGACCGAACUCGAGCGUGUCGCUCUCACUAUCGAAGAAUUGAAAAAGAGUCUUCAGAACAUUUCUUCGGUAAGUUCCAACGUUCACAGUAACGGUAAUCCGAACAUUUCAGAGCAAUUCGACCGCUUUGUACUACUAUUACAUGAGCGUCGUUCUUGUUCUCAGCGUUGCGAUGGCUCACACUUGGUUGAGAUACGAGGAUCCGGCUAAGGCGAGCACUACCUCUCAGCCUUCUUAUUCUUCAGUGAUUUCCAAUUUUCAGAGCUACGUCGCAUGUGCUCUGGUUGUCGGCGCUGCGGUCGUUGUGCUCACCGGUCGCUACGUCAUCAACGCUUUCUUCGCCUGGAGAACUCAUCGAACCACUCAGAAGCUGGAGAACUCUUUUUCUCAAAAGACCACCCUGCUCGAUCUCGUCAAGGAAACGCUGAAGUUCAAGGUAAUCGUGCUCUGGGCCACGUCAAAGUGUAACUUUAUAAUUUGUAGGAAGCCAAAGAGAUUCUGGAUCGCUACGAGAGUAAUGAGCAGGAGAAGCUCGCCGAGAAGGAUGCUCCGGGCACACCACUGAAAAAGAGAUCUGGCGAUGUGACUAUUCUCGGAACACCCAAACAAGAUCCGAAAGGAGGAGAAGUGCCGCCUGCCGACCCAGGAAACAGAUCAGUCCAGAAUUCGACCGUCAAUGCGGUAAGUGAUACAACUUCAACUCUAGUGGAUCAGCAAUUUUUUCAGUUGAACACGGCUCCGUACCCGCAGCGCCAUCCGAAUGCCGUCUCGGUCCGUCCCUUUCUCCGCCAAACCACUGUUCUGGACCGCGUGCUCGACUACUUCAUGUCGGAUGGCCCCAAUUGCAGGUAUCCAUCAUUGUGUUCCUGAACCAAACAAGACCUUGCCAUAAUUACCCUCAUUUUUCAGAAACGCUCUGAUCUGCUCCAUCUGUCAAACGCAUAACGGAAUGUCGUUGCCGGCGGAAUACCCAUACAUCUCAUUCCGUUGCUUCGAAUGCGGACAUCUGAAUCCGGCUAAGAAAAUGGGGUAAGCUGUAAUUGAGCCAAGAUUUAUAUUGCUGAGCAAAGAGUGUUUUAGACCGCAAACUCCAACCCCGUUGACUCGUCCGCCAGCGGGUCCGAAAGGAAUUCAGCACAAUGGAAGAGCGCCGACGCUUCCGAUACCUGAUAGACCACUCGGAAUUCUGACUACCGAGGAAAGAGUGUUGCGCGACAAGGAACAAGCACGGAAAGCGCAGGAAAUCGCGGAGUGCAGAGAUUUGAGCAACAGUAGUUCGUCAGAAGGCUCCGAGUAG